ACGCGCUACGCGUCUUCCCUCUUCACUGCGAGAGUUCAGAUGUCUUUCAAUAUUGUAUGGUGUCCGUACUUUGAGCACAGCGUCUGAUUUUAGCAUCGUUCGGCGUUUAGGUUGAGCCAUGGUGUCUUCGAUGUCUUCUGCUUUCGACAGCUUACCGACUCGCCCGCCGACACCACCUCGGGAUCACGCGGAGCCUGUCAGUGAAAAUAUCAGAUCUGUGGACGACGGCAACGAGGUUCAACAGGGGCUGACGCGAUUGCCCGAAGGCUCCAAUCUUCAGGCGGAUGCCUCUGCUUCUGCUACAUCACCGCCAUCGUCGCAAGAACCUCCAGGCAGCGUCAAUGCGAAGAGAGUCGGCUUCAGUCCGUCGUUAACUUACCACCGGAUUGCCGCUGGCGGCGAUGCAAGCUCACCCAACGCGCAUUUGCGGAAGCGCAAACCACUUAGGAAGGAUGCGCAACCACCAAGAUCGAUCCUCAAAGCAUCAGCUCUCCCACCACCGUCUACGCCGGACGAGGUCGAAGUCAAGCUAAGCUAUUUCUCGCCCGAGGAGCCCGGAAGCUUUGCAAGAAUGCUGCAAUCGAUUUUUCAGCAACUUGCAAGCCCAUCGGUCUCUGCCAGGCUUGACGCCUACCUUGCCCUUAAUGGUACACUGCAAGCCUACGGUGGGGUGCCGGACUCGCAGGCCAUCUCGGCGAGGAUGAGCUUGCUCGUGCAGUUCCUUACCCGUGACAUGGCCUGGAAGAAUCACAAAGGCGAACUUAGUGUCAACAUCGUCACCCAGGCGCUGAAACUCACAGCUACUAUGAUGUUCAACUCAACCCUUCUUGAAGCAAUGGAUUAUGACUUCCGGACCUUUAUCAUUGACAGAUGCGUGACUGUGGUCGAGACUGUGGGCAUGCCGAAGGCCCUUGUCAAAAGUCACAUGUAUAUGCUUGCCCAGCAGCGUUUCCAGAGUUCCGUAAUCACACCGACACGCGCCGACCGCAUAAUCAGUGCAGUCCUGACGGUCGAAGAACGCUGUAGCGGGAGUAGCAUAAUCGCCACACGAUUGGCCGUGUAUCAACGUCUUCUGGAUCAAGCACCUCUGAGCAUGUUACAUCGCAUGCGCGACUGGUUUGAGCAUGUCAUACAUGGCAUGCUGAGCACAAUCAAAGAUAUUAGGGAUCACGCAAUCUCGACAUGCAUGUUGGCAGGACAUGUGCUCGGCACCCAUUCGCGGGCAUCGAGGACCGUGCUGGAGCUCUUGCAGAGUGAGAUUAAUGAAGGCAAGACAUUUUGUGACUACAUAAUCGAACAGCUCAUGCAGAUGAUCUCGCAAGCGGAAAUGGGCGCUUACGUGCCACAAAUUUGGUCUACGAUCAUACUGUUCUUCCGAAACAAGCAGUUCACGUUAGAACGGUGGUCAGACUUCAAGGCAUGGCUGAAGCCAAUUCAGCGAUGCUUGAACUCCAACAACGUGGGUGUCAGGUACCAAGCCUAUCUAGCCUGGAACAAGCUUGUCUUUGCGACAAUGCCGGACGCCUCAACUUCUCGCAAGAUGCUCGAAAUGCUACAAGUGCCAAUUACGACAGGGAUGGACAGGAGUCCACGGGAUGCAUUCGCUAGACAGGCACGGCAAUGGGCUCUGGAAAGCUACUAUACUGUCUUGUACUACACGCUUCGACCUGGAUUAACCCACUCAGAGGUGGAUACCGCGUGGGAUGUCUUCGUGCAGCCUGUCUUAGCGGGAAUGAUCAAAGCCAACGUGGACGGGAGGCGAACUGCAAGCGGUGUAAUCGCGAGCCUUUGCAGUACUUACCCAGGCAUGUGGAAUGCGACCGCCGUCUCUGAGUCUAAGGCCAUCAUGACUGAAGACCUACCCGGCCUGGAUCCGAAGUGGGUGCGAUCAAGGCUGGCACGGGUGAUGAAUGUAGUCGAGCAAUUGCUGGGUUACAGCCUGGCGAACCCAGUAGAGGCCACGAACGUUCAACAAAUGUGGCGCUGCAUCAUGCGAUCGGUCGGUGCGGCAGGCACCCAGGAGAUCAGGAGCUCCAGCGAUCUUAAACAGGCUAUUGCCUUGAUAGUGAACGCGCUACGCAGGUUCUGGGACAGUGCUAACCAAACACGCCCCGCAGCGGAGAGUGGGCCUCUCAUCACUUACUUCACCACACUGGCAGAGAUUGCCGCAGAAGGCGUAGGGACUGCACGUAUGACGGAAGACGUCCUACUAAUAGCGCCAGACUCUCAGGUACAAGCGAUUACCACUCCUUCGCACCGCGCUUCCAAGCACCAAAGCGCUCCGCAGUGUGCACUUGCGCUGAUCUUCGACCGUCUGCAGGCCUCUCCAGCCACACUAGAAAGUUUCUCGGCUAUUGAGACCGCGGCCAACACCUUGCUCGAGCUGCUCACCUCAACCAGACGAUCAGCAUGCGGAAGGGUCGAGCUGCUCGCACGCAUCACGAAGAGCAGAGGUUCAAUUCAUGCGUCACACGCCUCCGCCGGUGUCGCUUCGAUCUUGUGGAUCUGCGUCGCUCAAAGCGCCUCUACAAUCAUGGAGCGUCUCGCUUGCGAGGCUGACAACAGUGAGCCUUGUAGCCUUGGCAUAGAGCUGCGCCAUGCCUCCGCCAUCCUUGCUGAAGGAUUGCUGCACUUGUCGCAUUCGUCUGAGGUAGCCGAGAGAGUUUACGAUGCGGUAUUCCGACUUCUGAAGUCAACGCGGUUGGUCGCCACCAAGAAGGCUCGCAGCGCUGGUGUAGUCGUUGCAGUUCUGGAACCUUUUGCGGCAGCGAUGAGAGAGAUCGCCUCGCCCAUGGGACUGGCAGUAAGGCUGCGCUUGACAUCCGACCUCAUGACACCUGCAACUUGGGCGAACAGCAAACAAGAGUUUGAGAAAGCGAAGAGGGUCCUUUGGGGAGUUGGCUUAGCGCCUAACAGUGUAGGACCGUUUAGUCCCUACGUUAGCCUUUAUGAGGUGAUCGAUAGUGCGAUGCAAGACGCCUACGACCAACUUGAAAGCUUGGUACAUGACAUGGAAGCGUUGUCAACAGUAGGAAUGCUACUUCGGUCCGCCCUAGCUUUCCUGCAGGCAUGUCCGAAGUCAUUGCUCGUUGGCGCGGUAGAGAAGUUACAGAGAUGCCUUGCUACUUGGAUUGAAGACCGGGAGAGGAAGACAGCGCCUUAUAGGCAGCUAAUCGACUCGGUAUGCUUAGCAGGACACGGAGUACUACAACUUAUCGAAUCCUUCACCAGAACGGGCUCGGUGCUCAUCAAAGCGCUAGAGCCAUUACUGUUAGCCUCAAUGCUGUCCCCGCACAAGGUCAUGGUGAACGACACCGUCCGCUUCUGGAACCGAACCUUCGGCGAGCAAACUGUCCUUGAGUAUCCGGAAAAUCUGGCUAAGGUACUGUAUCAGAGAAGCCGGGAGGCAGACAUUGCUCUUCCAGGCUUCCCUGAUAGUCUUUCAGGGCAGCAGGAGACAGCACUUCCGGCAUUCUACGAAUCUCAACCUGAGGUGUCGCCGAGUAAGCGUUUUACACUGUCUGAUGCGCAGAUCUUCUCGUCAGAUUCGCGGAGACAAGCUAUAACAACUUUCGAACCGGAAACAACACGCUCAUCGCCUUCAAAGCGGCAUCCCAGUUGUGGUCCAAACGUACUCUUGGAUGAUGUUCGCCGGAGUGCAACUAUCAAACCACCAUUGCGCCCACGCCACGACGAUUCCCAAAUCGAGUUCGCACCAGUGGAAUCAUUGUCACCAAUGCCGCAGAAUGAGUCGCAUAUGCUUACAGAGCGGCAAAAGGAAGUCAAGAGGAAGCAACAAGAGCUUGCUCCGCUGUUCCCGGAGCUCUCGUCAAGUCCCAUGAUGAACCAGGCAAGCACAAAUAACGACCCGCACAAGGUUCUGGACUUUCAUACGGAAGUCAACCCAGCAAGGAGCAGUACCCCAGACGAUCUGCCUGAUGCGGAUGCACUAUCAAGCGAUGAUCUGCCAUCAUCCCCGACUCCGUCGUCGGCGAAGGAUGUCGAAUCGGCAGCAGUUGAGGCAAAUGAUAAUGAAGGAGUUGUCGAUGGCGACACAGAAGGAGAAUGGUCUUCCUCACCGCCGCGCCAGAGUGCCGCUCACCAAGAGGAGCGGCUGUCUUCGCCAUCUCCCUUGAACGAGAGACUUCACUCCGAACUUGUCAAUGCCCGAAUCCCUACCAAGGACGUGUCGCCAGAAAAGGUGCCAUCGAAUGCAUAUCAUGCGUCACGCGCCGUCCCUGACAAGGAUCUCAGUCACGUAGUUGAACUCGACGAUGCUCUUGUAUCGGAUAGCGUUCUGCCAAACGCGCAACUAGAGCGCGAGGCGCAGGAAGCGGCCAACUCCAUGGGCGACAUCGAAGCUGGUCAGACCGCGGAGGUCACCAUGUCACUUCUACCACCACUAUCCGAGUCAGAUCAAGCCGCCGCCGCAGAAGUCGUCGCGAUCGCACUUGUUGACGCCGACACCACUGUCGAAGAUGCUGCCGCAAAUGACGUGUCGAGAGUGCAAGAUUCUUUCGUCCAAACUCCGGAAGGCUUAAAAGCAUCUCUAGUACAGCAUGCAAGCGAAAGUCAGGAGAGCAGACAGAACUCCAGAAAGCGUAAGCGCACCUCGUCCGCUGGAUCGACGGCGAGGAAGCGUAUGAGCACGUCACCAAUCAAGAAGGCCUUGGGUUUCUUCUCAAGCUAUAUUGCCGGCAGAAGGCAGGACGAAGAAGAUGAAGACAGAGGAGAGGAGAUUGUCGUCGCUAGCAGCCAACCUAGAUCACCACCUCAAGCGGAUGCGGAGCCUUCGAAACCGUCUUCCCCUCUUGUGGUCAUACCUGUCACCUCUUUUGUUGAUUCGACAGCCGCAUCACCAGGAACGGCAGCUGUGCUUGAUCGUCCGAAGAAGCGCGGCCCCGGAAGGCCUAGGACAUCGGAAGCAUCAAGUCCAGCGAACCAGCGGUCGAAACAAGCGAUGCCUAAGACUCUCAAACGACGAGCAUCAGCAUUGAGCGACGAUAAUGACCAUGACGACGAAAAAGACACAGAGUCUAUAGGAGCGAAGCCGACACCCAGCGAAGGUCGUAGGCAGCGCCAACGCCGGGAUACUGAGCUCAGACAAGUUGCUUCGCGAUCACAAGAUGAUAGUCCGGCACGUAACCUGCGGAGCAGAUCAACUGGCUCAAGGCAAGCGAGCAAUGAGCUUGCUUUGCAAGAACAAGAUCAUUGUGCGGAUGACGCGAUCACAACGCCGCAGAAACAGCACCAAUCUGAGGCGUCUGUUGCUCUCCAGCCGGUCUCGCCUUCUACACCGAAGACGAUCCUUGAGCGGCUUCGAGAAGUCCUUGGCGAGCUGCAGAAAGCCGUUCUAGGCCCUCGUGAGGAGAGGGAGAUGGACGACGUCUUAUACGAAUUAAGAAGGGAGUCGCACGAGGCUGCACGGCGCGGGAGGCAGAGGACUGACAGUUUAUCCUGA